UUUUAUAGAUAAUAAUUAAACUAACACUUGUGUUUGAAUCUUACAGAGAAAAAGGAUGCCAAUAAGAGUCUUCUUGGCAAAUGAGAAUCACAAGCAGACUUCAAAAGGAAAGGAAAUAAAGCCAGCAAUCAAAUCUUUUCCACUUUCUCCAGAGAACCCGAAAACUCUUCUUCCCCAGCAGGUGACAGACAAGGGAGAGAAAAACAGGAAGAGAGUUUUUGAGCUGGAAAAAAUUGAUUAUGUGGAACUCAAAUAUUACAGGAAAGGCCAAAGGGGAUAAUUUCCAAAUUCAGAAAAAGAGGGAAAUAUCUGGAAGUCAGUGAGGAGGAAGUGGUCACUUGGAUAGCCAUGUAGGGCAGACAGUAAUGCCAGCCUCACCCUGUGAGGAAAGAAAUGGUCACUUGGAUCAAAGCAGCACCAAACAAGGGAUCAGAAAUCGUUUUGAUCUCCUCGAGAAUCCAAGAAUAUCAGUGGUGGAAAAGCCCCACAGAGGUGUAUAUUUGUCGGAAAAGCACAGAUUACAGGUGAUUAUGCAAGAAAGGGCCCACACCACCGAGAAGCCCUACCAGUGUUCUCAAUGCGGCAAAAGCUUUAGCAAGCAUGCCAGCCUGGUGAAUCACAAGAAGACUCACACUGGGGAGAAACCAUAUGAAGGUACAGAUUGUGGGAAAAGUUUCAGUCAGAAUUCCAGCCUUAUGAAACACCAGAGGACUCACACAGGAGAGAAACAGUAUGAAUGUCCAGAUUGUGGGAAAAGUUUCAGUCACAAUUGUUAUCUGGUGAUGCACCAGAGGACUCACACAGGAGAGAGACCGUAUGAGUGUCCAGAGUGUGGGAAGAGUUUCAGUUUGAAGUCCAAUCUGGUGAAACACCAGAGGACUCACACAGGAGAGAAACCAUAUGAGUGUCCGGAUUGUGGGAAAAGUUUCAGUCAGAAUUCGCACCUUGUGCUACACCAGAGGACUCACACAGGAGAGAAACCAUAUGAAUGUCCGGAUUGUGGGAAAAGUUUCAGUCAGAAUACCAGCCUGGUGAUGCAUCAGAGUACUCACACAGGAGAGAAACCGUAUGAGUGUCUGGAUUGUGGGAAAUGUUUCAGUAGGAAUUACAAGCUUGUGAUACACCAGAGGACUCACACAGGAGAGAAGCCAUACGAAUGCCCGAAUUGUGGGAAGAGUUUCAGUCAGAAUUCCAGCCUGGUGAUGCAUCAGAGUACUCACACAGGAGAGAAACCGUAUGAGUGUCCGGAUUGUGGGAAAAGUUUCAGUUGGAAGUCUGACCUGGUGAAACACCGGAGGACUCACACAGGAGAGAAACCAUAUGAGUGUCCAGAUUGUGGGAAAAGUUUCAGUGAGAAUUCCAGCCUGGUGAAGCACCGGAGGACUCACACAGGAGAGAAACCAUAUGAGUGUCUGGAUUGUGGGAAAAGUUUCAGUCAGAAUUCCCACCUGGUGAUACACCAGAGGACUCACACAGGAGAGAAACCGUAUGAGUGUCUGGAUUGUGGGAAGAGCUUCAGUCGGAAUUCUCACCUGGUGAUACACCAGAGGACUCACACAGGAGAGAAACCGUAUGAGUGUCCAGACUGUGGGAAAAGUUUCAGUCGGAAAUCCGAAAUGGUGAAACACCAGAAGAUUCACACAGGAGAGAAACUGUAUGAGUGUCCACAUUGUCGGAAAAGUUUCAGUCGGAAAUCCGAAAUGCUGAAACACCAGAAGAUUCACACAGGAGAGAAACCGUAUGAGUGUCCACAUUGUCGGAAAAGUUUCAGUCGGAAAUCCAUAAUGGUGAAACACCAGAAGACUCACACAAGAGGGAAAUCGUAUCAGUGUCUGAAUUGUGGGAAAGAUUUCAGUUGGAAGUCCAACCUGGUGAAACACCAGAAGACUCACACAUGAGGGAAACUGUAUGAGUGUCCAGACUGUGGGAAAGAUCUCAGUUGGAAGUCUGACCUGGUAAAACACCAGAGGACUCA